AUGUUGUCCAUUUUCCGUCAAUACACCUUCGACGACUCGUUCGAGCAAGUCUUCGUCUCCAGCAAGUUCCUGAAGGAGUACCAAAUCGCCCUCACCUUCGCCACCGACUACGACGACGAGGAUCACCCCACCAACGGCCUCUUCCGCCCGACCUGGGACCUAAGCAAGGUCACCCCCGAAGCCAUCGCGAAAUUCAAGGAGAAGAACAGCGACGUCGACGUCAAAGUCUUCAUCUCCAUCGGCAACCGCGGCACCCACCAGCCCUUCAAACCCCUCGACAACAAAACGUGGAUCGCCAACGCCACCGAGUCCCUCACGAGCCUCGUCCAUGGCGACGAGCUCGGCCUCCACGUGGACGGCAUUGACGUGCUGUACGAGCACAUCGACGCCUCCCCCGGUGACUUUAUCGAGUGCGUGGGACAGCUCAUAAGGAACCUCAAGCAGAAUGGGGUGGUCACCGAAGCUUCCAUUUCCCCCACGUUUCCACUGAACAGGGACUUUUACUCUCGCUUGUACAGUGCUGUCUCCUUCUUCAUUGAUUUUGUGGAUUACCAGUUCCAGAAGGAAGUUGAUUUUGUGGCGAACCCCAGUGAGUUGUUUGAGAAGUACAGCGUUCUAACGAAGGUUUAUCCGAGAAGGAAACUCUUGGCUGGGUACAGCGCUGAGAACGAGGACUGGGCCACCCUGUCACCGAUCGUCUUCUUCCUCGGUGGCAUGGACAUUCUCAAGAAGAGAAGGGCUCCUGGAAUCUCCAUUCAUUACCAUAAUUUCUAUGCUCAACAAUGA